AUGGUUAAAUAUGUCAAAGAACAGCUUGAACAGAAAAAGAAGCUGGUCUGGGGAACAGAUCAGCCACCACCGUAUGCUGCCCAAAUGCCUCCAGUAGAAGAGCUGGAGCAGGCGGCCAGCUUUGGACAGCAGGAGAAGGGGGAGCUGCCAGAUGAACUGGAGGAUCUGCCAGAGGCUUAUUGGCGAGGGCUGAGUCUUCCACAGGGAGAGGCCCGCAAACGUUUAAGUGGUUUGCAUGAACAAAUUGUGAAAAUAUUGACAGAUGCUGAAAAAGAGGAGGGCAAGCAGUGUGGUGAGAUGGGCGACGGGGCAAAGGCCAGAGAAGAAGAGGCCUUUGACCUCUUUGAUUCAAGAGAAUACUCCCUCAACCCUCCGAUUGUGGCCAGUAAGGUGUCUACUCCUAGAAGAAAUGAGGAAGAGGAAGAAGAGAGAUAUGAUCAUGGAGGAGCUAAACCAAAGCCUCCUCAUGUUACAAUUAGGAAAAAAGGAGUUCAGUCAUCACCUCAAGCUCGCAGAGGGGAUCAUUCCUCAUCAGAAAGAGAAUGUGGAAGCGUGGAUGCAGUAAUCACAUUUAACACCAGUGGAGAAUCAGGACAUCCAACUGGAGCUGCAGAUGCUUCAUCAUACCCACUGUUGGCCAAAGGGGCUCAGCUACAGUAUGUGCCCUGGCCUACAAUGGAUUUAGAGGGCUUGGUGCAGCGCCUCCAUUGUCUCCAAGAUGGGGCUGGAAAGUGGAUAGCUGCGUUUGAGGAAGAAACUAUUGCCACAAUUCUGGCAAUGGGAGACAUCAAGGCUCUCUUGGGAAAAAUCCUGGGCAAACAGGAAAUGGAGGAGGCCCUGAGAGCAGCUCAAUUGGAGGAGUUUGCAGGAACAUAA